ACUCCCUUCUAAUGCCUACUCCCAUUUCGUGGGCCUAGUUGCUGAUACGAAUGUUCCUUCUGUUCUUCGGCCUUUCGUUUUCGGAGCCUGUGCCAAGUUUAUGAAGUAUGAUAUGACCGAGGCCAAGGAGUCAGAUUUGCGCAAAUACGCCACAUUUGGCCAGUUAUUCAAUCGGGAAUUGGCUCCCGGGGUGAGGCCUAUUGACACCAAAGCACUAAUUAACUCUCCUGCUGAUGGCACAGUGGUCCAUAUUGGUCCAGUAGAAAGCGAGAAGGGUUUGUUGGAACAGGUGAAGGGGAUUACCUUCAGUAUGGCGGAGUUCCUUGGUCCGACUGAUGGCCUACUCAGGAAGAAAUCAGGGCGGUUGUAUCAGUGUAUCAUCUACCUGUCUCCCAGUGAUUACCACCGCUUCCAUGCGCCUGCUGACUGGAUCGUAGAGAUACGACGGCAUUUUCCAGGUAAACUGUUGUCAGUUCGUCCGUCCUUUAUCAAGAACCUUCCUGGCGUCUUUGUCCUAAACGAGCGAGUUGUCUACUUGGGUGAAUGGAAACACGGCUUCAUGAGCCUGACCGCAGUCGGGGCUGCUGGCGUGGGCUCCGUUGUGGCCGCUGACAACAUUGAUCCCACACUCUCCACCAAUCGUUCAACCUCCGCUCUCGAACGCCAUGAACCUGGUCAGCAUUUUGAGGAAAUCAGUCUGGGCAGGUUAGGCUCGACCAUUGUUCUGGUAUUUGAGGCUCCGGCGGAGGGCUACGUGUGGUCCGUUCAACCGGGAGACCGAAUAAAAUACGGUGCAGCCCUCAUGGCACCUUCUUCACCUUGA